AAUAAACAUUCCUUCGGAGGUAUGGUUUUUGGUUGGAGGAAAGCCGCUGAGGUUCUCUCUAUAUGAAUAUGAAGAAAUUAGUGGUUUGAAUUGUGAGAAGAUUGAUGAAACAGAGUUUGAAGUCGAUCAUACACCUUUAUGGGCGGCUUUAAAGGUGAAAGCUUUUAAUGGACCCAACUGGGAGGAGCUAGUUGAGGGUUUGAGAAGCUGCCGUGGGUGGUCUGAUGAAAUGAAGACGCAGAUAGCUCGGUUGUAUCUUGUUCAUGUUGGAGUGCUUGGUUUAUCAAGGAACAGUCGGAUUCCUCUGGAAUACGCUAAAAGGGCGUUGAAUGAAGAAGCAUUUGAGAGUUUUCAAUGGGGUAGGGUUGGAUUCAAGAGUUUAGUUGAUUCCAUCAAAGUCCUUGGGUUACCUAACAAUGCUUAUACCCUCCAUGGAUGUGUCCAUGUAUUGCUGAUAUGGGCAUUUGAGAGCGUGAAGGUGCUGGGGGCUAGCUACGGGAAUGUAAGAGAAGGUGUAGAUUUGCCUCUGUUAAGGUGGAGAGGAGGGAGGCCAAGGAAGGAUAUCGAAGCCUUCAUAUCCGGGAGCAAACUCCUUAAUAAUGGGGAGCUUCAGGUGAAGCAUUUAGUACCUAAACCUUUGGAGUUCAUAUAUCCAGAUUGGCCAGGACAGUAUUGUAUGUAUGGUGUAGGAGAAGGUUUGAAGAAGAAACUGGAUAAUCUGCUGUUAGACGUGAUCAAUGGCGAAGUGGAUGAAAGAGAAUGGGAUUCCCCAACCAGCAUCCGUAAUGUCCCCAAUAAUGCGAAGGAGCAGAAAGAAAGUGUUGGGGACAAAUGUUCAGCAGAGAAGGCGUCUGGAGAUAAGUAUUCAGGUGUGCAGGGUGAAGAUGGUAGUGGAAGGUUAUUUACUAUGGUUGAAACACUAGGGGCGAAAAUGGAUAAUAUUCAGAUAUCGUUUUCUAGAGCAAUAGCGGAAGUUGUGUUCAAACUUCAAGGUAUGGAGAGUAGGAUGGGUAACUUUGAGAGUGACGUUCAACUAUUGAAGAAAGUUGUUAUCAACACAACGGAUGGAGGAGCGCAUACGCAAGGACCUCUUACAUUAAGAAAUGACGAACAAAAAAUAGAGGAGGUAUGA